AUGUCGAGGAUAGCAGAAAUUCUGGCUAAAUUAGCAAUUCCAGCAGCAAUCACAAUUUCCCUAGUUGAAUCAUCAAUGUAUGAUGUUCAAGGUGGUUCUCGGGCAGUUAUAUUUGAUAGAUUAUCAGGUGUGAAAUCUCAAGUUGUUGGAGAAGGUACACAUUUUUUGGUUCCAUGGCUACAGAAGCCUAUUAUAUUUGAUGUUAGGACCAAGCCCAAAAGUAUUGCUACAAAUACAGGGACCAAAGAUUUACAGAUGGUUAGCUUAACAUUAAGAGUUUUACACAGACCAGAUGUAGGUAGAUUACCCAUUAUUUACCAAACUUUAGGCUCAGAUUACGCUGAAAGAGUUUUGCCAUCUAUUGGAAACGAAGUUUUAAAAAGUAUUGUUGCCCAAUUUGAUGCAGCUGAAUUGAUUACCCAAAGAGAAACUGUAUCUCAAAGAAUUGCCCAAGAAUUAAGCUUAAGGAGCUCUGAAUUUAAUAUUAGGUUGGAAGAUGUUUCUAUUACCCAUAUGACGUUUGGUAAUGAUUUCACCAAAGCUGUUGAACAAAAGCAAAUUGCACAACAAGAAGCUGAACGUGCUAAGUUUUUAGUUGAUAAGGCUGAGCAAGAAAGACAAGCUGCUGUUAUUAGAGCUGAGGGUGAAGCUGAGGCUGCUGAACAUAUUAGCAAAGCAUUGAGUAAAGCUGGUGAUGGAUUACUAUUGAUUAGAAGAUUGGAAGCCUCAAAAGAGAUUGCUUCCACUUUGGCUAGUUCUGGUAAUGUGACCUAUUUACCAAGUGGUGCUAAUGGUACUAAUGAAGGUACUCCCAAUAGUUUAUUACUAAACAUAGGACGCUGA